GAGAACUAAAUUUGUCGAUUUAUUUGAAUGCGUGAAUGUUGUUAUCGGGCUUUAUGAAAAAUUAACAUCGAAUUGAAUAAUUAAAUUAAUAGAAGAUGCCUCUACCUUCUGCUUUACUCUCCAGGUUACAGAAGAGAGGAAUAAUCAAAGCUGAACCGGAACCAGUUGUUGAAGCAGAACCCGAAGAGGAGGUUAUUGCUGAAGAUUACGACGAUUCUACAAAAACAGCUGAUAUACCGUUACCUCAACAAGAAGAAGUACACGAAAACAAAGAAAGCGUUGUAAUUGGUUGUCCUAAUAAAUGGAAUAUUUAUCACGAAUGUUCGGCAUUUUGUAGAGAACAUUGGGGUGCUGGAAAACCUAAUCCUUCCCCAAACACAGAGAGAAAACGUUUAAAAAUGUUAAAGAAGUAUCCAUUGCCUGAUGGUUGGGAAGAAGUAUAUGAUCCUGGAACAGGAAGAUUUUAUUACUGGAAUAUGACAAAUGACGAAGUGUCUUGGUUGCCACCGAAUCAUCCGAGGGCGAGAAUAACUUUACCUGCCGAUAAAUUACGUGCAUUGAUGAAAGACACAGAAAUGGAGGAUAUGGAUGCUGAUGGUCAAGCUGAUGAUGACAAAAGUGGUAGUGAAUCUGAAGAUAUUGAUGAUGAAGGUGAUAAAAUGUCAGAUGAUGAUGAUUAUAGAGAAAAAGAAAAACAUCGAAGACGUUCAUCUCAACGAUCUAGAGAAUAUGAUAGAAACAAAAGAAGAGAAAAUGAUCUUGAUCCAAUGGAUCCAGCAGCUUAUUCAGACACACCAAGAGGUACAUGGUCGACAGGACUCGAAAGAAAGGGAGAAGCAAAGACGGGAGCUGAUACCACUGCCUCCGGACCUCUGUAUCAGAUGCGUCCCUAUCCCAGUCCCGGAGCAGUUUUGCGCAUGAAUGCAUCCUUAAAAGAUGUUCCACUUCCUGAAUAAUCUCGAUCAAUAUAUGUUAAAUUGUACAGAAAUAAAAAUCCCAAACAAUAAUUUUGUAUAUUUACAGUAUACAAAUUAAGAACUAUAUUUUCAGUGUUUCUAUGCAGUUAAUAUUCAGUAAAUACAAAUCCUUUACAGUCGUUUCUUUUAUAUGCAUAAUAAAUAUUUUAACUUAUUUCAAUACAAUAGAAUUAUUUUCUGUACAAUAGUUUUCUGUGUACAUUA